UGGAAGAACCGAAAGCAGCUAAACAAACGCACCAUUCGUGUAGUAACUGUUUUUUUGGCGGAUAUCUUCGUUUAGACUGUACAUAAAUUGAUAAUUAUUACUAAAAUAUUUCGGUCACCUAGCUCCUAGUGGGCUGAAGUUUAAAUCGCGUUCAUUGGAGGUUAUAUACACAAAAUGCGUUUCGAAGCAAAGCGUUGCGGAGUGCAGUUCAGUCCUCCUUCCAUAGUCUUAAUUUAUGAACACACAGAAACCAGGAAAGUGAGAAAAAGAAUAAUACCUGUCCGGAACUUUUCGAAAUUGUCAGACACCAGCAUGGCUGCUGAGAGGCUAAAAAACAACCCCCGGCACAGGGACUACCUUGAGAGUGUUUCCCAGAGCCAGCUAGAGAAGCUUCACAUCAUCCUUAGAGACCACAUGCACGGCUUCAGCCUUGAGCACAGCCUGGCCUCAUUCCACCUGGACCCCGACGAAGACCUGAACAAACUGGACGACGAGGAGCUGGCUCGUAAGAAAGGCCAAAUGGAUGAGCUGUUUGAGAAGAACAGGAGGCGCAAAGAUGAUCCCAGUUUUAUUUACGACCUGGAAGUGGAAUUUUCAAAACCCACCCAAGAAAAGUGCAGCUGGGAUGACGAGUCAGAUGAUGGAUUUUGAAACUUUCUUCACUCGUCUUUUCAGAUAAGAAAGUAGGCUUCAAAACUACAGUGAGGAAACGGGAAAAGCGGACACAACCGAGGUUAACUCAAAAUACUUUAUGUCCAUCUACACUACAAAUACAAAUAUUGCCAUUUCCAAAGGCAAUGCUAUAAUAGACACACAUCACAUGUACCAUUUCAAAGUGCAAUGAAUGAAAUGAUGCAUUAAUAAUAUUGAAUAUUUAUUUGUUAUAAAAUACAGAAUUUUACAAAAUACA